AUGGCCAGUGCCACCGGUCUCCAUUCUCUUGCAACCAUUAUCAAGCGUCUUGAGGCAGCCACGUCUCGGCUUGAAGACCUUUCCGUAUCUCAGGAACACUCCUUACCCCCCGCAGCUUCAAGCAAAGUUGUAAAUCCAUCAGCGACGGCAUACACUCCUGUAACACCUCAAGCCCCAGCGCAGCCGUCAGGAGGACCCCCAGCUACUGUUCCAGCCGCAGCCUCCGAAACACCAAAGUCUGUAUCGGCGUUCGAUGAACUCAUCAUAGCAGGAAAGGUCAAACCCUUUUUAGAGCUCAGCAAGAGUUUUGCAGGCGCGAGUGUCAUCGAAGUUGCGACCCUCGUUGAGAAACAAUAUCAUACUCUACGCGCCUUCUUGCUCGUGGCCGGGUCAUGCCAGAAGCCAGACCAGAAAACCGUUGACGGGUUGCUCUCCCCGUUGCAAGCGUCGAUUGAAGCCAUCUCGCGCGCAAAGGAAGCCAACAGACGGGAUCGUGACUGGCUCAAUCAUCUCACUUUGAUUGGUGAAGGUGGUCCAAGCGUAGGAUGGGUGGUUAGCCCAAAACCUGGACCAUACGUUGGUGACAUCAAAGACUCCGUAGAUUACUAUGGAAAUAAGGUCAUCAAAGAGUACAAGGAAAAGAACCCUAAGCACGUUGACUGGGUGCGAAGUUUCACAGGUAUACUUGACGAGAUGCGCAAGUACGUGACAGAAUACCACACGACUGGUCUCUCGUGGAAUUCCAAGGGCGUCACUGUAGAACAAUUCCAGCAAUCUCAAGGCAGCAGUGGUCCGCCACCACCACCACCACCACCACCUCCCCCACCUACUGCAACACUGCCAGGACCCUCACCCGGCGGUGCAGCAGCAGUCUUUGCAGAGCUUAACCGUGGUGAUGAAGUCACUAAAGGUCUGCGAAAAGUCGAUAAGAGCGAGAUGACGCACAAGAACCCUGCAAUAAGGGCAGGAGGUGUGGUACCAGCAACACCAGCAUCCCCCUCGGCAGUCAGGAAACCGAUCAAGCCUUCCAAACCACAUGCGCUUGCAGGGAAGAAACCGGCCAAGUUUUUAUUGGAUGGUAACAAAUGGUUGAUUGAAUACCAAGAGAAUGAAUCAGCUAUAACAGUGGAGAAUGCGGAGAUCAGCCAAUCCGUCAAUAUAUUCGGUUGCAAGAACACAACCGUUAUUAUUAAGGGAAAGGUUAAUGCUGUCACCAUCGUUAAUAGCACGAAGACCUCUGUGCUAGUGGAAUCUGUGGUCUCAUCGAUCUCCGUCACCUCAUCACAAUCUUUCCAACUGCAGGUCACUGGCUCGGCGCCUAUGAUUCAACUUGACUCCACGGAUUCUGGACAAAUCUAUCUAUCAAAAGCCAGCCUUGGUGUUGAGCUGACCACCGCCAAAUGCAGUGCCAUCAAUGUGAGUUUGCCGGUGGAAGGUGAGGAAGAGGGGAUUUUUGAGGAGCACGCUAUGCCCGAGAUGUUGAAGACGAUCGUCAAGGACGGGAAAUUGGUAACGACCAUUGUCGAGCAUGUUGGCUAGUGAACGUAUAUUUUGUUGGGCGUGGAAUGGGAUUUAUCCUUUGCAUUUACAAAAUAUACCAUGUUGACCGG